UCCAAGUUGAACUGAUGGGGUGACAAAAGAGGGGGAGUCUCCACAGAGACUGAGAGGAGCUGUUCGAGUCACAUGGCCCGGGUUUCUAUUGAAACCAGUGGGAAGAGGCUUGAAGCUCAGCCUUUAGUCCAUGUUUUGGAUGCCAAUGGCAGCAACAUGAGUGGAGCCCACCAGGACGGAGAAAUGAUGGCAGACAGCCUCCAUGUGAACACCACGGCAGCUCUGGGGCUGCAUGACCAGGAGAUGGACUCAGCUCUGUCUGAGUUCAAAGUGUUUAACAUUGUCAUCAUCGCCCUGGCCUUGUGUAUCCUCACUAUCACCGGCCUGUACUGCAUCACCGUCUGCUACAACCGCACCAGGCAGUCAAAGAGAGCCCACGUGUAUGAGAGCGCAGUGACCCGAGGCGAGCCGGCGGACCCCGUCGCGGUCAGAGCAGUAAAAAGGUCCACCAGCUUCAUCAACCCUCUCGCCUUCUUCAGGAAACAAGAGGCAGCAAAGGACAACUCCAGGAUCUACUACAUCUACAGUAACCCGCUGCCUGUGGGCCUGAAGGAGGGAGAGGAGGAGUGCCGGACUAAAGCCUCACAGGGAGCGGAGGAGCAGACUGCACUGAUGCUGCCGCUGUCUUUUCAAGAGUACGCGAAGGACCCCUGCAGUGGCAUCACCCUGGACCCUCCCAUUUUUUACAUGCAGCUUUAGAAGGUGUUAAAGAGUUGUGCUGUGGGACUGUGACGAGAAAUGAUCUAAAAGUCACGAGAGAGACAUUGGAAUCUGAGAGGUCUGAUUUGGACCCCUGCACCCAAGACUGACUAAAGUUAUGUCACCAUCUACAGUAAAGCAGGCACUCCCAUCUAUUUUAGGAAAAGACAUAGCCUGGGAAUCUAUAACAGAAAACCUGGUCAUAGACCGGGUACAGUAUACACUUUUAGCAGGGUUGCUCUUAAGUUGCACCAUGAGAAAUGUAGGAUAUUAUGGCUUAUAUACUCAUACUGGGACUUAGGUUCAGAAUAUUCCAUCCACUGCUGCUUCAAUUUAGACCAUUCUUAGUUUUAAUCUGUGUUGUUAGUCCCAUGAAAGUACAAUACUGAACCUAGGUGUAAAGUGAGUCAACAAAUCUCUGUUGACUGUUUCUGUGUAUUUCACUGUUUUGAAUGCAACAAAAAUGUGGAUUUAAGAGCAAAUAUCUGUAAAUAUAUCUGAUAUUAAACUGGGCAACUGCUUUUGAUUUGACUUGAAGAAAAUACCCAUCUUGACAUCACUGGCUAUAACAGACUGAUUGACAGUUGGGUAACAAACACAUUAAGUGCCAGCAAAACCAGGAGGAGAAGACUGCAACCCAGCAAACAGGGAUGUUAACAAUGCAGGAAUUUAAAGUAAUAAUCUUGAAUAUUUUCAUUUAAAUAAAAUCUAUCAUCAUGACGUAACACAAUGGAUUUAAACCCAUUGAAUUUGCAGAAUAAAACGGGGUGUCUGCGGAAACAUUUACGGGAAUUGCAAGUUCACUGUUUGGUUCUCAGCAAAGAGGGAUCCAAAAACACACCUGCAUUAUUGCUUAUCACCCUAGGUGCCGCCAAAGAGAAAGAAACUGAGAUCUAAAUUGUAAAUAUAAAUCUUCUUAGAAUGGCACAGCAAAUGUUUUAUAAAAACAGAACAUUCAUUUAUCGUGUUUGUAAGGCAUCAAUGAUA